AUAUAUCUCUCGAGCUCUGAUUGGAUAAUUGAGGUCACUUGACCGGAAAAGGAAACUGCCCGCCUUCCUCUUUCCUUGAUUGUGACAGGAGAAAAAUGGAGGAGAAAAGCAAGCUGACACCUGCACUGGGAAUGGUCUCUCCCACUAUUCUGCAAGCCUCCCCUGAAUGAGUCAUCCAGCCCGCUCCUCAUUGGACAGGACCAUGCCGUCCCCAGGGAUUGCCUUGCAGCAGCAGCAGCAGCAGCAGCAGCAGCAGCAGCAGCAGCGGCAGAGCGGCCUUGCUUCCAUUCACAGAAACAUUGGUAUGCCAGCCCGCUAUUUCAUUCACACCCAGGACUAAAUAUUGCAUGCCUUUUGGCCCCCGCCCCCUUCUUUCCUCUUUGUUGUCUUACUGUUAAAUUAGCAGCAGGGGAGUAACCAAUUUUUUUUGUAUCUGAUGAUGGGAAGGUAAACAAAAACAGUUUUCUUUUUUCCCCCCCUCCUUUCUAUAUUUGCCAAGCAAGAAAAAAAAAUGUUGGGAGGGAGACUGCAGUGCGAAAUCCGCAGCGAUGUGAGCGAGAGCGGAAGAUGCUUAUGAAUGAGCGUCAGUCGCUCUUGUUGCUGGACUAAAUGCUGCUGAGGACAUUUUUUACAUGAAUGGUGUGUGUGUGUGUGUGCGUUCUUCCUGCUACCACGGCGACCAGAGAUGCUUCAUCAACAUCAUCGCCACCGCUGCUCUUGAAGAGACUCGUAGGCUUCUUUUCUUGUUCCUUUUUCUUCAUUGAUUCAUCCUUCUGAGAAAGAUGUCGGGUUGAUUCAGGUGGACCUGCUGCAGCUGCGCAUUUUAGGCAUCUUUAUUGUUAGGGUUUUGCUGGUCUAUUGAGGGAUUCUACUCAUCCACACACUUUAUGACCAGUGCCUAAUUAAUGCACUUUGCUAUUUCUAGUCAGGCUAAAGUCGAAUGAUCUUGUUUCACUGCAACCUCUGAGGAAAAUGUUCAGUUCAAAUAAGUUUUUGUAUUUAUUAUACACAUUUUCAUGAUAUAUUGCACAAAUUCCUCACUAUUAUAGCUUAAUUCCACCUAAGCUACCUCUCAUUUUUUCUUCCUCAACAAUAACAGCGCAACACAUUUUACUAACUGAUUGCUACGAAAGUGCUCUGGGAGUUUUUUUUUCUCCCUCCCCCUUCCUCCUCCUGCUCUCUCCCUCCAACAGGAAGUGAUUUGCAGUGUUCAGCAAGCCUUUUGUUGAGAAGGUUUUCUCACGUCAGUGAGUCAUGCUCCUGCUCUGAGCCGGCAGCAGCAGCAGCAGACGGACAUUCAUAGUGUUUGCUCCUCUAGACAUACAUUCCUUUUUUUGGAGGCUAAAAAUCAUCAUUGUUAUAAUCAUAAGCAGCAGCAUCAUCACCGCUGGAAGCCACAACAGCAGCCUUCUAGCUCUCCAUCCUCCUUGUUUCCAUGGAUUUCCUCUUUAUUUUUCUCCGUGGCCAACUGCAUUGAGGCUUUGGAUUUUUAUCAAUCGGAAUCUGGCGGUGGCUCGACCGCUGUAACCUCUAAUCGAGAGAGAUCUCUGGCCUGUGAUUGCAACAAGGCGUUUGCCGCCACCGCAUCAACCACAACCUCCGCCGCUGCCAUGUUACAGGAGAAGGUAAUCAUCUUGGCGCAGCCACGUCUGCCAGCGCACUCGUGAAAGAGGCGUGUGCGGUGUGUGUCGCGGAGAGCAGAGGGAACGAGGGUAUGCUUCACCGUACCAAAUACAACCGCUUCAGGAAUGAAUCGGUGACGUCCGUUGAUGAUCUCGUCCACGGCCUGUCCAUGAACCCCAAGGUCUCGGGCGACCCGCGGUCCACCACCGAGACUUCCUUCACGCCCCCGACUGAGGUCCAGCCCUCAUCCGCCUCCAAUGCCCCCGGCGCCCCCGCCGGCCACGGCUCCGACCACCCGGACGAUGGAGGUACCCACCUGUGCACCCUCAUCAACAAGGUGUCCAGCUUGAAGUUCAGCAACUCAGGGAGUCUGCUGGGCAUUAAGGGUCUGCCCUCAGCCGUCAAGGACCUGGCGGUGGCCAAGCUCCAAGGGGGCGGGGGUUCGGGUUGCUCCAGCGGGACGACAACUGCGGCGGCCUGCGGUUCGACACCCCCUUGCUCGCAGCUGGAGCCUUCCGCCAGCAUGAGCAAGAAGAGCAGGCUGGACGAGCGUCAUCACAGUGGGGAGGACUGGGUUCCCGGUGGAGGAACGCUGAGCAAAGCCUUCAGAGGGUGGCUCCACUCCAGUGACAAGAUCUCUGGUCCAGGAGUGACUUACAUAGUCAAGUAUCUGGGUUGCAUUGAAGUGCUGCGAUCGAUGAGAUCUUUGGAUUUCGCCACACGUUCCCAAAUAACAAGGGAGGCCAUCAGCUUGGUUUGUGAGGCUGUUCCAGGGACCAAAGGAGCUCUGCGAAAGCGCAAGCCGCCCUCUAAAGCGCUGUCCAGCAUCUUGGGGAAGAGCAAUCUGCAGUUUGCUGGCAUGUCCAUCAACCUGAACAUCUCCACCAGUAGUCUCAACCUGAUGACCCCAGACUGCAAACAGAUUAUAGCCAACCAUCACAUGCAGUCCAUCUCUUUUGCAUCAGGUGGAGACCCUGACACAACUGACUUUGUCGCCUAUGUGGCAAAGGACCCUGUUAAUCGAAGAGCUUGCCACAUCCUGGAGUGCUCAGACGGGCUGGCCCAGGAUGUCAUUAACACCAUCGGCCAGGCUUUUGACCUACGCUUCCAGCAGUACCUGCAGUGCCCGUCCAGCAAGCCGUCCUCUACGCACGACAGGGUGUUCAACGUGGAGGAGUUACCGUGGACGGAGGAGGAGGAGGAGUCAGCAGAGCAUCCUUACUACAACAACAUCCCCGGGAAGAUGCCGCCUCCCGGAGGGUUCAUCGACACCCGGCUGACUAAUCAGAGCACAACGUCAGACGGGAGCCAGGCACAGACAGGCAUAAGCUCUGUGGAUCAGAACUAUUACCAAGGCCGCCACUGUGGAGACAACUGGACCGAGGAGAAGAGGUCCGUCUUUGUACAACAAGGAUCCUUGGACAUAAACAGCGAGAGCAAAAGUCUGGCGCCGAAACCAGGAGAGAUGCCCACAUACAUGAACACCCAGCAGAUUGACGCCCAGGUGCAGGCGGCACUCCAGGCGGAGUCGGAGCAGGUGACCAAGGGCGUGGCGGCCGCUGUUCGAGAGGUUGCGCAAACUGACUUAUUUGACAUGAAGCCCUUUGAGGACGCCAUCCAGUCCCAAGCCCCGUCGCAGGUGUCCGCUCUCCACAAAGCGGCGUCGGUGGACAACUCCAGCCCACUCCUGGCUCGCUCCAUAGCUUUCCGAGCGCAGGAGGAACUGGAGGGCCAGCCGUGGUAUCGCGGCAAAAUGAGCCGCCGCGACGCGGAAAAACUGCUGAGAGAUGACGGCGACUUCCUGGUGCGCAAAAGCACCACCAACCCGGGCUCUUACGUGCUGACCGGCAUGCACAAUGGACUUGCCAAACACCUCCUGCUGGUGGACCCCGAGGGCACGGUGCGGACAAAAGAUCACGUGUUUGACAGCAUCAGCCACCUUAUUGGCCAUCACCGUGAAAACAACCUGCCAAUCAUGUCAGCUGGGAGCGAACUGUGCCUCUUGCAGCCUGUGGUAUGGAAACAGUGACGCUCGCAUUGCCUGAUGGGAAACGGCAGGAACUGUCCCUCCAACCGUCUCACAAACUCAAAGGAAACGCUUGAGGGAAGCUGCUAAAAAAAAAAGUCGCUUGGAUUUGUCUGAGGAAAAACAAAUAUUUAUUAUAGAACUGUUAUUUUGUUGUGAUGACUGAAAUGCUAUAUUUUUGAGAAGACAUAGGAUACACAAUAUCUUGAUUUGGUGUUCAAAAAGAUGACAUGAAAAAAACACAUUCUUGUAGUUUAGACAAAACCUCAGAGAGGCGAGAGUAUUUUAGACGACGAAUUCAACUUUAUUGUCUGUCAAGCACAACCACAUUUCUACUGAAACCAUUCAAGCCCGCCCCCCCAAACACAAAUAACAUUUAUAUAGAAGGAAAAAUGUCCCAAGUGGACUUUUUUUGCUUUUGCUGGUGUUACUUAGCAAACACAUUCUUCAUUGUGCUGUCAGUGCGGCCUUAAAGAACAACUCUUGUUUUGAAAGUACUUCCCUGCUUUACCAAGGAGUAUUAGGGCCAGACUAGAAAGGAACAAAAUCAUUCAACUACGUUAGGAGAACAGAAAAGUCAUGAGAAUAAAGAUGGGACAUGAAGAAAAAGUUGAAAUGUUACGUACAAAAUAGAUACCGUACUUCCUUGAAUUGCCGCCGGGGCGCUAAUUAAUUUAAAACCACUUCUCACUCCUACGCUUACCAAAGGCAUGUGGUAAAAGUAAGCAUGCGCUAAUUAUUUUAAAAUCUCUUUUCACGCCGGCACUUACCAAAGGCAUGCAUUAAAAAUUUGAGUGUGAUGUAAGCUUGGACCUUAAAUCCUACUGAAUAGCUCUUAAUCUUCUUCCCUUUAUGCGAUUUCAAAUUACCGGUAUUGAAAUCAGCCUCCUCCAUUUUGAAAAUGAUGACAGGGGAAGUGUCACUCGUGACGUCACGAGUUUGACCAGGCGGUAAUACUAAGCAUGCGCUAAUUAUUUCGCAAAGCGGGUUUGACCCGGCAGUAAUUCAAGGCAGGUGCAUACUAUAUGCCCUGCGGCGAUCCAAGGAAAUACGGAAUUAGUAGUCUUCCAAAAUUAAGACUUCUUUUCAUAAUACGCAUUUUUUGUCAAAAAUUACAAAUGUAUUUUACAAAAAAAAAAACUUUUUGGAACUUUAUGAUCAUUGUAUGACUUGAUAGUGAUAAAAUUAAGAAAAAUAAUCCUGUUACUUUUUAUGACUUUUUUUUUCUCACACCUUAGGAUAUUUUGAUCCUAUAAAAGCUACUAACUACUACAACUACAAUAUAGUUAUGACUUUAUCUUGAAGAGAUUACCAUUUAGUCUCUUUAUCCGAUUAUUGCUUAAAUACAGUAUAAUUGUGUAUUCAAAUACAAUUAUGAAUUUUGUAAUGAUAUUUCAACUUUAAUCUGGUAAUAUUGCAGCUUUAAUAUUAUGAUUUAUUCUAAUACAAGUAUUUUUUUUUUUUAGUAAAAAUUUAUUUUUACUGCGAUGAGGUGGCGACUUGUCCAGGGUGUACCCCGCCUUCUGCCCGAUUGUAGCUGAGAUAGGCACCAGCGCCCCCCCGCCUCCCCAAAGGGAAUAAGCGGUAAAAAAUGGAUGGAUGGAUGGACUUUAUUCUUAACAAUAUUCAAAUAUAACGGUGCAAUAGCUAUUUUCUUCUUAAUAUCACCCCUUCAUGCUUUUUUAUUCUUAUAUAUAUUUCCUAUUUUCUCCAAUUUUACCUCUUUUGACUAUCACAACUUUUGUUAUUGUAUACAUCUUCAUUCCUGCAAUAUUUCCUCCUUAUUCCUGUAAUUGUAAGAUUUUAUUCUCAAAGUAUUAUUACUUAUUCUUUCUGGUGUGGCCCUAAUGUUACUUAGUAUAAACUAAAAAAAGUUAUUCGUAAACCUCACUAUUUGGAGGAGAGGCUUGUCUGUGCUGACACUGUACAAAUAUUUACACUUUUAACACGAUUCCAAUUUGGGUUGUUCUUCUUUUUAAAGGUUUAAUCAGUCAUUUCUUUAGGGAUUUAUCCAGCAGAUUAUUUUGAACAUAUUUAAAUGAUCUGAAUGACCACAAUAGCACAAUCACUAAGGUUGAAGACACAGAGGCAAGAGUUCCCUCAUGUUGCCACUAGGUGUCAGCACAUAGCCCUUCCUCAGCAUCCAUCACUACAAUGAUAGCAAAGAUGCUCUCUUGCCUCUGUGUAUCCUACUUGAAUUAUUAGACAAGUCCCACUUCUCAAUGCUCUCGUCCAUCAAAACCAAAAUGAAAAGGGAGGGAGGUUGAACCAAAAUCAGCAUGCAUUCAAUGGGUUUAACUCGACCGAUGCAAUGUAAUAUAUAUAUAUUAUAUGCUAUAUUUUAUAUAUAUAUUAUCAAUCGUGCCUGUAUUUUGCUGCAAGGGGUAGAGUGUACAUGUUUAACAACCAUGUGGGUACAUAAAGUGUCACAUUACAUAAACAUUCAGCAGGGAAACAAUCCAUGGCUUUAUGGGGAACCUUUUCUCAUACUAUUAUUGAGAUAGGAUUUGGAAAAAAUAUUCCAUAGUGCAAGGUAGAAAUUCAGCUAAAUUGGUAGUUUUUUUUCUUUCUAUUUUAUUCAGACAAUUCUUAAUUUUCAACACUAUUCCAGAAGGUUUUUAAACUAAGACAACAAUAAAAAAAAACAAGAAAGGGGAUGCAAAUAAUGUCGAUUUCUACAUGCUGAAAUUUAAUCACAUCCUAUUGGAAAUGGUACAAAUUGGUUUAAAAUCCCAUUCCCAUCCAAGAACAUGGCUUUUUGUCUGGGGUUUCCGGUGAUGAAAAUGUGCCUUUUCUUUGUAAAAAACAAACAAACAAAAAAAAACUAUGGAUGUUUUUAAUUAGUUCUUCAAAG